AUGGUAGAAAGUGGUAUAUUAUCUACGUAUGCUGCUGCAGCUAGAUACAACAUCCCAAGAAGAACCCUACGCAACCAUCUAGCGAGUGGUUCGACUACACGAAAGCUAGGUCGAUCGGCUAUAUUGACUACAGAACAAGAAGCUGGACUUGUCAGAAGAAUCAUACGGUUGGCUGAUGUUGGAGUGCCGAUGACUUCAAAGAUGUUACGCGUACAGGCUUUUUCAUUCUGUAAAAUUAAGAAAAUUCCAAACACUUUCAAUGAUGCCAAAAAUGCCGCGGGGAAGAAAUUGUUGAGGCUAUUUCUCAAACGACACCCUGAAUUAGCACGUCGUAAAGCACAGAUGAUGAAUCCAGCUCGUGCUCAAAAAUUAAAUAAAGAUAUCGUUGGCGAUCACUUUUCCAAGUACAAAAGUGUGCUGGACAGACUUGGAAUUGAACAUAAACCUGAAAGCAUUUACAACGUCGAUGAAAAAAAUUGUCGCAUAUCUUUGCAUCAUCAUCAGGAAGUUCUAACAGCCAAAGGGAGAAAAAGAGUGCAUCAAAUAGCGAAUGAGCAUGCUGAAAGUGUGACUGUGGUAGGCUGCGGAAAUGCUAUAGGAUCAGCUAUUCCGCCAAUGAUAUUGUUCAAGGGCAAGAGACUAAAGCCAGAAUUCCAAGACAAUUUACCUCCAGGCUCUCUGGUGAAGAUGACGCCAAAAGGAAGUAUGACGACAGGAACUUUCAUAGAAUUUAUUAAUCAUUUGCAUAAAUACAGAACAUCAGGGCCAUGUGUACUCAUAUUUGAUGGAGCAAAAUGCCACCUGGACUUUACUAUUGUCGAGGAAGCUGAAAAAUGUGGCAUUACUUUAUAUUGUCUUCCGUCAAAUACCACACACGAGUUACAGCCCAUGGAUAAAUCUGUUUAUCGCUCAUAUGAGCACCAUUGGGACCAAGAGUUGAUUAAAUAUGUCAGUCAGCAUCCCGAAAGAACUCUUAACAAGACAAGCUUCAAUGUCAUUUUCUCACAAGUAUGGCCGAAAUGUAUGACUAUUACCAAUAUUUCGAACGGGUUUCGCGCUACAGGGUUAUAUCCAUAUAACCCAGAUGCUAUUCCUGAAGAAGCGUUUGCACCUUCUGCGUUGUCAGAACUUCCAAAUCCUACAAACAGUGAGAAUAUUACUGUCUUAUCUGAUGAAUCGGGGGAACAAGACAUUUCAACUACAAAUGUGGAAGAUUCAGAUGGGUCAGGCACAGAUACUGAGAAUUUGCUACUGUCCUCGCUCUCAAAAAACAAUCCGAAUGCUGGAACUCCACAUAAGGUAGACAAUCAAUCGACCACGUGUGAGAUUCAUGCAUUUUUACCAACUCCUAAGUUUAAAGUUUUAGCGACUGCUCCACGCAAGAAGUCUCUGAAUUACAGGGCUCAGAGGUAA